CGUUUGAUAAACUGGAGGUUGUUGAGGAGUACAUGAGAUUUCACCUCACCACUUGCUUCAACGCUGAUGGUAACGAGGAACCGGACAACUACAAACAGGUGUUACUGCAUUUGCAGAAGUUCGUCGGCCAUGUGUGCACGGUGGACAGCAAACUGGCACUCUCGGAACCCCUCAUACCGUUCGAUAUUCAACUUGACGAGUUCGCAUCGAAGCUUCGGUCUUAUAAAUUGCAGGCGCUGGGCCAGGCUAUUCUACACAGUGCGAUCUCUGUUGGGUCGCCGCGUGGCGUUGGGGACCUGGGUGGUCGACAAAUCAGCUCGGUGGGAAUUACCGAACGUGAUAAGGUCAUAGAGAAGUCUGAGCCUGUCCAGAAGUCUGAUCUCGCGCCGCGUUCGCUAACGAAUACGGUGUCCAAACGGUUAGCGCCGGGUCUGAAGCGAUGGCAAGGUCCGGCAGAAGCUUCGUCUUCACGUCAUGAUGGUGGCAACGAAGUUCGCGAGGACCCUGAUAAGACGGAGGACGACUUAUCAACUGAGCAACAUGUGCUUGACAGAAAUGUUGAAGGGAACGAAGGACAUGACGAAGACGAAGACGAUCAGUUCGCUGGCUACGAAGGUGGUGACGGUGACGAACAGGGACUCGGGGACGGUAAGGAAGGGGUGGAAGACGAGGACGGAGGGGAUGACGACGACGGUGGGGAUGACGAGGAAGACGGUGACGACCAUAGUGGGCUCAAAAAUGGCGAUGACUUCGAGGGAACUGGGGUUGGGGGGGCGGAGGACGAAGACAGCUACGAAGCGGGGAGCGAAGGGGAAGAGGACGAAGCCAAUGACCACGGAGUGUCUGUCAAUGAGUCUCGCAAAUGCGCCGACAGUCAGAGGCUUCGCUCUGGAGACGAGGACGUCCUCAACACACAGAGAUCAGUAUGCUCGCAGAAGAGAAAAUCGAGAGCUAGCGGUGAUGAGGAGCAGAGGCGAAGACAGUCGAAGUUGAUAGGUUUGGCAGCUUCGGAGGAGGCGUAUAAGAAGGCAUUGGACGCACAGUCGGCGAAGCCGGCUAAGGAAAAGCGCGAGCGACCACGCUCUUCCCAACGACCAAAGAAGAAAGCGAAGAUAGACGGUGCAAAGGAAGUUGCAGAAUCCGGUGACGAGGCGGUCGGGGUUGACCCUCGAGAUAAUACGUCCAAACCGGAACAAUUGGUGUCGGAUGCUAUCGACACAACGAGAUGUUUCUUUCUGGAGUAUGAUGACGACGGCAAUGCGAUUGACCGGCCUGUUCAGGUGUUCGUAGAUGUCCGCAAGAUUUUGCCGAACCCAGACGACGGGGAAUUCCAGUACAAUCACCGACCCCUGAACGAGAUGUUGGUCGCCUCCAUCAAAGACGCUAUGGAACGGUCAGAGAAACAGAAAGAGUGGGACAUAAACACCUUCAUUCUGGCUCCUGUUAUAGAAGGUGACUGGCAUCUGGCGAAAACGAAAGAUGACAAGGUGGCGCAACAGCAGAACUAUCACACUUUUCUGCGCAAAGCAAUACGGAUGACACUAGACACCGAGCUCUGGAAUCAGUCGCUGAACAACAAAUUUGUCCGUAAUUGGUCCAACCUCUUGAGGCCGUUCAUGUGCCUUGCCACCACUGGCAACGCAGUGUGGCAGUUGGUGAACCGGUUCUUCGACAUGUGGGAGAAAGGGGAAUUGCCUGGGCUGGAUGGAGUCAGGCCGGUUGAUCAAGAGGGGAGGCCAGGCGAGGCGUCCGGUGCAGGUCCAGCUGCCAAAACAGUGAAACGAAAAAAGGAACUGGUGCACUACGUGCAGUCGAACAAAAGUCCAAAUGGGUACUAUGUGUGUGUUCAUGACCCUCCGGCGAGCGCUUGGAAAGUGUUCGGGGAUUUCACUACUAGGGAGAAGGAGAUGGCAUUGGAUUUGAUUUUGGCAGGGAAGGUCGUUGUCACCACCGGCAGGACUUUCGCCAAGAAACUGAUGAACAUGAACGACCUCUACCUAGAAGUGCGCAGGGAGAGAUACAUGGUGCGCAUGUUCAACUACGUGCUCCUCAAGUCGGAACGCAGGGGACAGCGUGAGUGGAAUGACGAUUUCUUCAUCGGGUAUGAUGAUAUUAUGAAGAGGUUUGAGCCGCACGGGUUGACGAAAGAGAAAUGGGAGAAGAAGAAGAUGAAACUUCCAGGGAAUGUGGGGGGGUACAAGGUGACGACUGAAAUGUAUAUCGAGUGCCCGUACUUCAUCAAAUUGUUUCUGCAUGAGAUAGUGAGAGCGGUGAGCCAAUUGAAGGACGAGCUUCAGCGCGUCAUUGCAAAUGCACAGCAUAUACUGUGGGAUAAGCGGAAGUGUAAUACAACGUAUUUGCCUGUGUGCAUGGCGCCGUUGGAUGGGCUGCAACCGACAGAGGAUCUGACUCGUGCUGUGAAGAAAUUGAGUUGUCACCUUGCAGUGCUGGACCUGGCUCCCCACAAGAAUCUGGAUUCAUGGACGGAGAAGAGGUUUGUGGAACUUCAGCAAAUGAUGAUAACUCUGUGUGGGACACAUUGGACACUCAUCAUUUUCAGUGGAUUGAAGGGCGAGGACUACAUUCUGAGGAACAUCUUCAGGUGGGGGGGUGUGAAAGUUCUUCCGGGCCGCUGGCGACGGCAUCAUGGCACGCAACCAUCCUCAUAUGUUCCCCUUGGGAAUCUUCCAUUGAGAAGCCGCGACUCAAUGACGAUUGUUUUGCACGACACGGGCAAUGACUUCAAAAAAGUCACCGUCCCGUCCAAACGUGAUAAUGUGUUUUUUGACACUAACUACGAGGAGGAUAUAUUUGUCCGUUGCACACAACAGCACAUCGGCGUGGCCGGCGAAGACAAAGCUGUUUAUGGGGUCUGGGAGAGACAACCAGCAAGAAUGAAGGAGUUGUGUUCAUGGUCUUCGAAGGAGGGGGAGGGUGUGCUUCUUCUGGGCAACGUCCAAUCUGGGUCAGUUUGGGAAUUGCUUCGAUCUGGCCGUCAUGUGGUGGCAUGUGACGGCUCUACCACCAUGCUCGAAUAUUGUUCCUCGUUUAUUGAUCACCUCGUCCAUAAUCCCGGUCGUUGUCACUUCGAACGGCCCAAAACCCAGCAUCGGCCAGACCGAGACAUGUUCCUGAAACUCGGGAAGAAGAGAGCAUCUUUAUGGAAGUACUUGUUCUGCAAUGCUCCUGACACACGAACGGAGACUGAUUACGUUGCGCGAAAAGUCGUCGCUCUCCAACACCUCCAGCGGUACCACGACGCCAAGAUUGGUGCAAUCGAGAUAUUUCUAGCACGUUGCGAGGACCUGUGGCUCGACAGAAAGAUGCGCCGCGUCGACGCAAGGAUUUAUAACGAAGUGUUGGAGCCUGAAGACAGUUUCGAUAUAAUGGACAGUGGGGAGGAUACCGAUGAUGACGAGAUCGACCUGUCGCUGCCUGAUGCAAGAAACCACGCAGCUGACAAGAACAUGAGCACCGGGUCCUUAUCGUGGGGGGACCCGGCGGUGGUUGAAGUCGGGGGACCGACAAUGGCCAGCUGCAAGACCGCCCAGCUCACACAUACGCAGACGUCAUCCGCAGGAGAUGGUAUCGAGGCAAGCACUUCGAAAUGGAAAGACAAGAGAGGUGCCCCAGGGCUUCCAACGCUGAUGCGGCAAAUGUUCGACCACGUCAUGGAAAUGCCAACAGAGAACAAAACUCGUGGUCAACAUGACGACGCGGGGCCCGAGGAGGAUGACAUUUGUCUGGAGGACAAUCCGUUGUUCCGCAUUCCAGACGACGAGGACAAAGAUCUAACUCCUGGAGAUGAAAUCGAAAGUCACAUGAAGGAGAGCAAACGAGGACCUCACUUUUUGGACACCAAGUUCACAGAGACCGAGGUUGACAUAUUGGUGGGGUGCACUCUAGCCAUGGAAGAGAAUAUCCGAAAUGGGUCUAGACAAGGAGCCAUUAAGACGAGUGUUGCUGAAAAGGAAGGGCGUGCGAGGAAGGGCGUCGAAUAUAAAGAACAGGGAACUCAUGAGGCAUCAGUUGAUGAGCUACUAAAAACGCCAUUUUCUGAGGGCGUUGGUGCGGUGCCAAGGGAAAAGACGGCAGGUCCAGGAUGUGGUGGGGAAGAGGCAGGAAAUACAAAGGAACAGGGGGAAAAGAAGGCCACAACCGACGAAGAUGCGGGAGAUGCCGGAGAUGGGGGUGCCCAGCGGGUGCCCAGUGGACUGGGAGACCCGCUUUCGGCAGCCAACACAGGCAUGUCGUCACAUGGAGGACGGAGUGGGGGGGAGCACGAUGCUGGAGAUGCACUGGUAUUUGGAGGAGCAAGCCCGCGGGACAUUACGGAGCCUUUAGCGGAUAACAGAGAUGAGGGGGACAAACUUUUGCACAUGGUAUGCACUGGCUCUGGCUCGCAGAUAGCCCCAGACUCGAUGGAGAGGGAAGAAGGUGGUGGUAUGGAGGGAGUUCGUAUGACACAUGGUCGUGAAGCGGGAGAUGAUGAUGAGGAAGCUGACGGGGAUGCAAACCUCGAACAGAACAUGGACGUGGACAGCGAGGAUGGAUUGGGAAAGAAAGCUUCCUGCCGUGGCAGAUCCGGGGUCAGCAGUUCGAACGUGAUCAACUUGAUCGAGCAAUCAAGUGAGAACGGAGGAAAGUCACAUAGUGAAGGAAGAUCGUUGUCAUCAGCCGAGCCAACACAAAUGGACCAUGCUUUGCAUGAUGGGGCUGAGGGAAGGUGCAGUCCGAAGCGUGAAACAAGAGAGGAAAAAGAGGAAUGCAGUGUGCGGCGCUCAAAGAGAGGCAGGGAGAAGAAAGCAGCAUAGCACACACGCAUGUGCAUGUGUGUAUGUCUUGCAGUGACGUGUGUGUGUGUAUGUGUGUGUGUGUGUGUGUGUGUGUAUUUGCAUAUGCGUAUGUUGUGAGCGUAUAUGUGUGUGUGUGCCUAUGUGUGUGUGUGUGUGUGUGUGUGUGUGUGUGUGUGUGUGUGUGUGUGUGUGUCAGAGAGUGUGUGUAUGUGUUUGUGCAUGAGCAUGAAUAUGGAUAGAAGGGUGUACAAGAGGUUCGGUUGUCGGUGCUGAAUGGAAUAUUCAUAAGUUACAUUUAUCAUUCGAUGACGUCGAUCGACAAAAGGUGUUGGAAGUUGUGAAACAUUCCAUUCAGUUUUCCAAUAAACCGUUUGAGGAGGA